CUCGGCCGAUCGGUUCCUCGGCCGAUCUUCCGAUUUCGACGUCCGAUUCUCCGCGCGAGACGACGGCGAUUUUGCAUCCCUCGCGAGACGACGGCGAGGCCUACUUCUCUCUUUCUCUCUUUUUUUCGCACCUCGUCUCGCAUCAUGCGUGUCGUGUAUCGGACACCGCACAUUCGUCCGUACGUUUUCGAAGGCGCCGCGUAAUCUAUGAUCUGUGGAAUUGUGUGUCUAUUUCUUUCAGCUAUGCUUUCCAAGUGUUCUCACAGCUUUGCCAUUUUGCUCUCUCCUCCAAUGAGCGACGAUUGUAACUAUUUCAUCGCGAAAAGUAACGCACUGUAAAUAUUUAAAAAAUAGCACAUGUUUAUCAUCAGGUACUACCUGCAGUAAAUCUUUUAUCUAAAAUUCAUUAAGCUUGACGCAAUAUGUCUGUUGUUGAUGUAAAUUUUCCACAACGCAUUGUAUGUCGAUAACGGAUCAUCUCGCGAGAUCUUUCGAUUGUAGAUCUGCUCGCUAUUGUAGCUCUUAUAUACUUUGUACAAGUUUGAAAGUAUUUCAUUUUAAUUAAAAUAUAUGAACUCUGACUUUUUUUCCGCCUCUUCCUGGCUCGCAGUCCCACACUCGUAGGAAAAGAGAAUUAGCUAAUCGUGUGAUUAAUGUUGACGCAGCCGAGUAAAUUCGAGUGCUUUCCUAAUGUCUCGCAAUAAUACAGCCUUUCGGAUGAUGUGCUUUCGAUUGCGCGAACUCGGGUGGCCUCUUUUCUCGCGGGAGCGCUUCCCGCGGUGUGUGUGUCACGUUCUACGUUCCUUCUACGGCAGACCGUACGUUCGCGGACGCGAAAUUGCGGUACACCAUACUUUUAAUCGCGAUCCGCUCUCAUCGCUCUGUCGGAACUGCGAUCCAGUUUUCCGCGAACGAGUCUUUCGGAAAAAUUGAAAUUACCGUUUAAUAUUUUCAAUUAUCGCGGCCAAUCACGCAUCCGUGAAAGUAAUUAACAAAUUUAAACGCACGAUUGUCGAUAUAAAUGCGAAAAUCUUUCAAAUUUUUAACGAAGAGUUUUGACUAGCAAACGAGUUUGUAAAAAACGCGGUGUUACAAGAAACUUGAAUCAUCAGCCGCACAUGAAUCAUGAGAUUACGUCUCUCCGAGAUCACGCGAAUUAUCAUCGUGUCUCGCUUAGGGAAAAAUAUAUUGUUCUUCCUCGACGAGUACUCGCCUUCGCAAUGAUUGGCGGAAGUCGAAUCAAUCGAACGAAACUCGACAGCGAAAAUAUCAAUGAUUAAUCGACUAAUUGGAUUCAUUUGUUAUCCAGCAAAGUCUCAAACGAGCGUAUUGUUCUGUGUUUACAUAGAUUUACAUUGAUUCGAAAAUAGCUGCGAGUCGUGCGUCAAAUGAAUAUGUAACGUUAACAAUACGUGACGGUGCUGGAGAAUCCGGCAAAUCCACGAUAGUGAAGCAAAUGAAAAUUAUUCAUGAGACCGGCUAUAAUAAAGAAGAAUGCGAACAAUACAAACCGGUGGUAUACAGCAAUACGAUACAAAGCCUAAUGACGAUAAUCAGAGCCAUGGGGGAUCUUAGAAUCGACUUUGCUGACCCUAAUAAAGCGGAUAUGGCGCGACAAUUUUUCACCCUAGCGUCGGCGGCGGAGGAGGGCGAGCUAACCGGGGAACUAGUGCUAUUAAUGAAGCGAUUAUGGCAGGACGCGGGAGUGCAGCUCUGUUUCACGCGUAGCAGGGAAUACCAGCUCAACGACUCGGCAGCGUACUAUCUUAAUGCACUUGACCGCAUAGCGCAACACAAUUACAUCCCGACGCAACAGGAUGUUCUGCGAACGCGCGUUAAAACCACCGGAAUCGUGGAAACACAUUUCUCUUUCAAGGGUCUACAUUUCAAAAUGUUUGACGUCGGCGGGCAACGAUCCGAAAGAAAGAAAUGGAUACAUUGUUUCGAGGGCGUGACCGCGAUCAUCUUCUGCGUCGCUCUUAGCGGCUACGAUCUAGUGCUAGCGGAGGACGAGGAGAUGAACCGAAUGAUAGAAUCGAUGAAGCUGUUCGACUCGAUUUGCAAUAGCAAAUGGUUCGUCGAUACAUCGAUCAUAUUGUUUCUAAACAAGAAAGAUCUGUUUGAAGAAAAGAUCACCAGGAGCCCGCUCAGUAUUUGCUUCCCGGAGUACAAGGGUGCCAAUACCUACGAGGAGUGCGCUUCCUACAUCCAAAUGAAGUUUGAAAAUCUGAACAAGAAGAAGGAUCAGAAGCAAAUCUACACGCACUUCACGUGCGCUACGGAUACGUCAAACAUACAGUUUGUGUUCGACGCCGUGACCGAUGUAAUAAUCAAGAACAACUUGAGUAAUUGCGGGUUACUGAGUUAAACAUUCCAAUACUCGGUCAGUAACUUGUCGGAAAGAAAAAAUUACAACGUGUUAACGACUCGUUACAAAAUCACAGAAGAAUGACAAAGAGACUGAUGAAAGGUUCUAAGUGGCGUGUCGCGUCUCUGUACACGAAUGCAUAUUAAUUACGCGUCGAUUUUACUCAUACAUUAGUCUCUUGAAAAUACGAUUAUUACGAUACUGCGUAAUUUUUUAUUUGAUAUUUUACAGUUUUUAACAAACUGUCUUUUUGUGAAAUAUUCUUUGCAAAUUCGUUGAAACUUCUCGAACAAAUAUGUGACUGUUUAAUUUAUUAUUUUAUAUAUUUAUAUAUUUGGCGAUAACACAAUGAAAAGUAUUCUCAAAAAAUUACGAACAAAAUACUUGAGAGUCAGAUAUCAAAAUCAAAUGCUUCACAUUGUCGUCGAAGAAUGUUCUUUUGCGUACUGUUUAAAACGUAUAGUAAUUAUUUUAGUUGGAGAAUUAAAAUCGUGUAUCGAUCUGAUCAAAUAAUCAUGUCUUUAGUAAGCUUAUAUUGCUUUCGUCUCUUAGAAAAAUUACUAUUAAUCUUGUGGGGUAAAUGCAAAUAUUGUCAUGAAUCAAAAUCUUUUAGAAUCUUCAAAAUCUAGAUUUUGAUUCAUGACAAUAUUUGCAUUUUACUUCACAAUAUUAUAUUAAUAAUUUUUCUAAGAGACGAAAGUAAUAUGAGCUUACUAAAGAUGUGAUUGUAUUCUCCAACUAAAAUAAUUACUAUACGUUUUAAACAGUACGCAAAAGAAUAUUUUUGGUGACAAUGUGAAACAUUUGGUUUUGAUAUCUGACUCCCAAGUAUUUUAUUCGUUAAUUUUUUGAGAAUACUUUUCAUUUCUCAUCACCAAAUAUAUAAAACCAAUAAAUUAAACAGUCACAUAUUUGUUCGAGAAGCAUGUGACGAAAGCAAUACGAGCUUACUUCGACACAGUAUACGGAACAAAACAAAAAAAAACAGAACAAAAAUGUCGAAGUGAUAACGUUAUAAAUAUAUAAACUAUAUUGUACAUCUACUCCCGAUUAAGAAGAGCUGAUAAACGUUACUUUGUUUUUGCUAAAUGUAUUUAAUUAUGCUAAUCGAGAACUAGAUAGUUAUUAAUUUAGUGAUAUUUCUCUUUGUAUAUAAUUUAUUACACUAAAAGCGAUUAUAUAAUACGUGGAAAUGCAUUUCUACGUUUCUGCUCAUCAUAUUUACUCGCGUUACAAUGGACAAAUUCAGUGUCUCGACACAAUUCUCUAUGUUUCUCUUUUACGAUAUAUAAUGCAGAUUAAAUUUGAGAAAAAAAAUUUUUAUACAAGCUUUUUUUAUAUAUCUAUAUACACACACACGUAUUAUUAGAUGAUAAAAUAAAAUCAAGGGCGCCAUGCUCACUCCUCGAUCUGCCAAACCAGAUGUAAUGACCUAAUGAUGUUAACAUUAGUACAAGACAAGACAAAAUCAAAUCUCUUUAUACAGCUUAGAUCAAUAAAUGAAAUCUUUUUUUAA